AUGCAAUUCUUUGAAACAUAUAGUCUUUAUAAACCGAAAACUAAUGGAAGAUCUGGAUAUGAACAUAGUACACAUGAAACUAGUUUAGAGGUGAAUGAACCUAAAGAACUUGAACAGAAGAAACCGAGAAAGUUAAAAUCGGCUGUUUGGCCUUAUUUCAAAAAGAUAGGUAGAGUUGAAGAUGGUGUGGAAAGGGAAAUAUGUAGAGGUUGUAAAGACCCAUAUAAGGUUGGUUCUACUCCAGGACCCUUAGGUAAGAACUAUGGAACAUCACAUUUAAAACGUCAUUUACUUACAUGUAAAAAGGUUAAAUACCGCAGCUUGGGUCAAAUGUUUCUGGAUAAACAAGUUAAAAUACAGUCUAGAAAAAUAGACCAAUUGAUUUCUCGUGAAAAGCUUGUUGAAGCUAUCAUUAAGCAUGAUUUGCCAUAUUCUUUUGUCGAAUAUGAUGGAAUUAUAACUUGGACAAAUUAUGUAAGUCCAGAAGUAAUAAUGCCAUCAAGGAACACUUCUGUUGUGGAUGUCCAGAAAGUGUAUUUCAAAGAGAAAGAAAAGUUAAGACAAGUCUUAGCUAAAAUUCCUAAUCGAGUUUGUUUAACUUCUGAUUGCUGGACAGCAGGUACUUCUAAGGGUUAUCUUUGUUUAGCUGCUCAGUUUUUUGUUGAUAAUUGGAAGUUAGUUAGUAAAAUUUUGAAUAUUUGUCGUAUGAUUCCUCCUCACACUGGUGUUGAAUUUACUGUAACGAUAUAUGAUUAUUUGAAAGAGUGGGGCAUUGAUAAGAAGGUGUUCUCUAUCACUUUGUAUAAUGCCACUAAUAAUGAUGGCACGCAGAAUAUUUUAAAAGGGCAUCUUAGUUUGCAACAGAGUUUAUUAUGUGAUGGUGAGUUCUUUCAUGUGCGUUGCUCUGCCCAUAUUCUGAAUUUGAUGGUUCAAGAGGGUUUGAAAGCAGCUAACGAUGCCUUGCUUAGAAUUAGAGAAAGUGUGAAGUAUGUCAAAGGAUCAGAUAGUAGAAUGAGGAAAUUUGAGCAAUGUGUUAAGCAAGUGGGAAUUAGUACAAAUCUGGGUUUACGUUUAGACGUGGCCACUAGAUGGAACUCAACAUACUUGAUGCUUGAGAGUGCACUACAAUAUGAAAAAGCUUUUUCUAGUCUAGAAUUGAUUAAUAGAAAUUACUCUCAUUGUCCUACAUCUGAUCAUUGGAGAAGGGCAGAAAAAAUAUGUGAAUUCUUGGAACCUUUUUAUGAAAUAACUAACUUGAUUUCUGGUUCAAGUUAUCCAACCUCCAACUUGUACUUUAUGCAAGUUUGGAAAAUUGAAUGCAUGUUGAAGGAGAAUUCACACAAUCCAGAUGAAGUUAUUAAGGAAAUGGCUUCAAGAAUGUCCAAGAAGUUUGAUAAAUACUGGACUAUAUACAGUGUAGUGCUUUCAUUUGGAGUAAUAUUUGAUCUUCGCUUCAGGUUGCAACUUUUAAGGUGUUGUUAUUCUAAGGUGGAUGCUUCUUCUGCACAAGACAAGGUUGAAACUAUGAAGAAAAAAUUGUACAAGCUCUAUGAUCAUUAUGCAAAUAAUCAAAUUGGAGCAACUACUUCUACUGUUUUGUGUAAACCAACUGAGGAAGGGAGUAAACCAAAACGAAGGGAUUGCAGGUUAUUCGAUGAAUUUAAAAAGUUUGAGAGUCAAUCUGUAUGCAAUGCUGGAAAGUCAGAAUUGGACCUUUAUUUGGAGGAACUAAAGCUUGAUUACGAUAAGUUUCAUGAUUUGGAUGUUAUCAAGUAUUGGAAGGAAAAUGAAAGGAAAUAUCUCGACCUUUCAGUGAUGGCACGUGAUGUACUCAGUGUUCCAAUUACUACCGUAGCAUCAGAAUCAAAAUUUAGUAUUGGUGGUCGUGUUCUUACCAAGUAUAGAAGUUGUAUCCAUCCUGAAAAUGUCCAAACUCUUGUUACUACAAGAAACUGGUUGCAUGGAUUUACCCCACUUAAUACUGAUGAAGAUGAAGUUGUCAAAGAAACUAUAUCACAUGUUGAUUCAAAUGUGAUUGAUGCUCCUAGUCCUUCUGGAUGUGUUACAACUACAACUGCAAUGUCGCAUUUUGCUGGCCAACGUGAGAUUACUGAAGCAAAGGUGAUCAAAUUUAUAGAGUCAACUUGCCAAAGAUUUAUGUGGACUGGUGGAGUGAAGAUCACAAAGAAAACAUUUUUAGCAUGGGACAAAGUGUCAUCUGGAGUAAAUAAACUCCUUCAAUGGCAAGGUAUUAGUAGACGAGAAAUGCAAUGGCAAGAAGAGUUGGAUUGGUCAGUUGUAAAUGCUAGAGGCAGAAGUCCAGCAGCCACCAUAUUCAGGAUGAGCUUAGCAGCAACUGUGCACCUGAUAUUGAUCAAGCAGAAUCAAAGAAUCUUUCAGGCUAAACAGACUCCAGAACAAGUGAUCACAAGGAUGAUUGUCCCAGAUGUGUACUUCUAUAGAGGGUCCAUGAAAAAGAAACUAGUUAGCAUAUUAGUUGAACUUAAUUUCUAUAUUUACUGCUUCCGCCCAUAA